GCGACUUGGGGAGGAAUGGAAAAGUUAUAUGAUGCUGGAAAAGCUCGUGCAAUAGGUGUGAGUAACUUCUCAACAAAGAAAUUGGGUGACUUGCUUGUUGUAGCUCGUGUACGUCCAGCUGUUAAUCAGGUGGAGUGUCAUCCGGGUUGGCAGCAAAGUAAGCUCCACACCUUUUGUCAGUCAACCGGUAUUCAUCUUUCGGCAUACUCAUCACUAGGUUCACCUGGUACGCCUUGGAUGAACAGUAAUGUCCUUCAAGAACCGGUCAUCACCUUAAUAGCGAAUAAACUUGGGAAAACUCCUGCACAGGUGGCCCUGUGCUGGAACAUUCAGAUGGCUCAUACUGUACUACCAAAGAGCCUGAAUGAGGAAAGGAUAAAGCAAAAUCUUGAUGUUUAUGAUUGGUCUAUUCCAGAUGACUUGCUUGCGAUAUUUACCAAGAUUAAGCAGGUAAGGCAGUUCAGAGGUGACUUCACCGUUAAUCCACAAAGCGUCUACAAGACCCACGAGGAGCUCUGGGAUGGGGAAGUUUAGGAUCAUGUUUAUCAUUAGCAACCUACGUACAUUAGAACCUUGCACUUCACAUAUACCUACUGUGUGUUACUUUGGAUGUUGGUUAACUUUUAGUUCUGGAUCAAGAUCAUGUGCUGCUGAUACGUGGACGAUUUGUGCCUUUUAUCUGUUAUGUACCCACUUGUCAACUUGUAACUAGAUUGUCAAUCUGGGUAGCAAGUGCAAAACCAUGUGAACUCA